AUGAAAAAUUCAACAUGUCUUCUUCAGCCAUCGUUAGCUACUACUGUAGCUCUACCAGUCAUCUACUCUUUCCUAUUUCCUGCUGGAAGUAUUGGAAACAUUCUUGCUGCCUGGAUAUUUUCAAGGCAAGCCCUCACAAAAAGAACACAAUACAUUUACCUGGUAAACCUUGUCAGUGCGAAUUUACUCAUAUGUAGCACUAUGCCUUUUCUGACUGUCUAUUUUGCAAGAGGGUACCAAUGGACCUACAACUCUGUACCAUGCGGAAUAGUAAACUACCUUGGGACUCUCAUUAUGCAUGUCAAUAUGUAUGUUACGAUCAUGAUUUUAUCUUCAAUUGCUCUAAGUCAGUACGCAACACUGAAGAAAAACAGUGACGCACAAUACUCUCAAGCAGGUAAUGAAAAUUGUCAGAGAUUUCUACUGAAAAAGUUCCGUCAGCCAAAAUUUGCUAAAUAUUUGUGCAUCAUUAUAUGGCUUACUGUGCUCUGCGUAACAGUAAUAGCUAUAACACGUAAUGCCCGGGCAAGGACUAUGGAAGAAUCUCCCAGAUGCUACAACAUCAGGGUAGAAGCUGGCGAACUUGGUGCAAUGGUUCUUGCCACUGGGUGUUUUUUUCUGUCUUUUAUGAUGGUUUUGUUGUCAUACUAUUCUCUUACCAGACAUCUGAGCGAAAUACAAAGAAAUACCUGUAUUGAAGAAAAACAUCUGAUUUACAGAACAGUGAAAAGAAACAUUUUUGUCAUCCAGAUGAUCUUAACUGUCUGUUUUCUUCCAUAUCAUAUUUUUAGGCCAAUUUUUUAUGUAAUGCUUACAAAUAAUGACUGCCCAAGGUUAAACUACCUAGUGGAAAUUAAAAAUUUCCUUACUUGUCUUGCUGCUGCUAAGAGUAGCUUAGAUCCAGUUAUAACCCUUCUGCUAGAUAAAACAUUUAAGAAAAGUCUGUGUGGCCUGUUUACAAGAUCCACAUCUGAACAGCACAAACGUAACCCUGAUAUUUUCAUUGAAGAGAGUCCUGACACGUGA